GCCUGUUCUUUUGGCUGGCUGACGGCAGAUGGGAGGCACGAAAUCGCACAGUGGAUAAGUUUUUUAAAAAAAUUACUUCCUGGAUGACAUCCAAGGCCCUUAACGCCACACCUUAAUUCAGUGUGCAUUUUGCGCCUAGGCCUCUCUUCUUCUUAGUAAUAGUAAAGAGAGUGGAAGUAAACACAGUAAUAAAGGACUCAAAUGCAAAAAAGGAAGACUUUUUUUUUUUCAUUUCUGGAAAGCCCCGUUGUUCUUCGCAAAGUUAAGCGUUCCAAGCCAGCAGAGUAACACACUAAUAUCUUGUCUUUAAAAAAAAAAAAAAUUCCGUGGAUACUAAUUGGUCUAACUCGAAGUCUCCUCCUACCUCCUUCCGCUACCAUUAAUGGGAUUGUUUCAGAACUUGUACCCUACCUUCCUGAACUGCUAGAUACAUUACGAAUCCUGGAAUAGAGACUAGUAAAGUACCUUGAAGUCAACACCAAUUAGAAUUAAAUUUUAAACUAAUCCCCGGGGCUGCAGGCUGCUCAGUGAUUAAAGGCGCUUACUGCUCUUACAGAGAAUUCCAGUUGAGCUUCCAGCAACUGUAUCGUAGGAGAUCCGCACCUCUGAUCUUAGUGGGCACAUGCACUCAAGUACACGAACACACCCAAAUAUAAAAAUAAUAUAAUAUAAUUGAGGGAGGGAAGCGCCCCCAAACGGAAAGAGGAGAGUUGGAACUUGCUGUAGUAAGUUCCCACCCGGACACAUUUUUCUGAUCUCAGGAAGUGGGGUUGUGUAAUUCCAGUGGCCGGAAGUUCUCUUUCUGGUUGAAUUUGUUGUUCAGAUCUUCCGCCGCGUGAUGGUGGCAAAUUGGGCUUUCUGUCCUUAAUUCGCAUGACCUGACGACUCUAGGCUUCAGCCUAACACUUUCUUUAAAUAUUUCCCAAUUGGAAAACAACGUGGUACAGCUGUUACGAAGUUCUAAAAGCUGCAAACUAUAUUAAUCAGCACUGCAUCUUCUGGAACAAGACUGAAUAGAGACCAGUAUGCUUCACUUCAUCCAGAAAUUUUCUGGAGCCUCUUCAAAGCUGCUGAAGUACCCUUUUACAGUGAGAUUCAGAGCCAGCAGAAUAGAUGUACUUUCUCCCAAGACAUCGUUUCAGCAGAACCUUUCCCCUUUGUCGCCAAGGCUUUCGACAUCAUUUCAAGUGUGUAUGAACAACAUACAAUGCUAUCAUGCAUCACCAUGCAACUUUAAAAGACAGCAGAAGGAAGCAGUUGUUCCCUCCAGGACACCAAGCAGCAUCACUUACCUACCUGAUAGCCCAAAGCCAGCAUUAUACAUAAGUCUGGUGGGGUUAGUCCCCUUUAUUGCUCCACCACUCACCAUGGUCAUAACAAAGUCUUAUAUCCCCAUAUUAGCGUUUACUCAGAUGGCUUAUGGAGCCACUUUCCUAGCUUUCUUGGGAGGGGUUAGAUGGGGCUUUGCCCUGCCAGAAAGCAGUCCAGCCAAACCAGACUACAUUAACUUAGCUAGUAGUAUGAGUCCUCUUCUGUUUUCAUGGGCAGCUGUCCUCUUUUCUGAAAGACUCAGUGAAGCCAUUGUCACAGUAAUAAUGGGUUUAGGUAUAGCAUUACACAAUGAACUUUUCCUUUUGCCACAUUAUCCCAACUGGUUCAAAGCCUUGAGGAUAGUAAGUACUUUAGUGGCUUUUUUCUCAUUUGUAGUCACUUUAAUACUUAAAAGUAUUUAUCCAGAAAAAGGGCCCAAAAGUUUUGUUGAAGUAGAAAAAUAAAACCACUUUGCUGUGGAAUAAUCCUUCUGUUCUGUGCACUGUGAAGACAUGUUGCUCUCCUUGUUAAUAAAGAGCUGAUUGGCUGA